AUGUCAAUUUACCAUCUGCCAACGCUACUGAACCCGUUGAUUAACGCUAUAUUUAACUGCCCUGAACCAGACAAAUCGCCGUUGAAGAAGCUUUUCGCUAAUUUGCAAACCCGUAGGUUUAUUCUUCUGGCGCCUCCUUCCCACCUCCUGUUGAACUAUCACGAUGUUAAAACUAAACUGCCAUUACAUGAGCUUUGUUAUAAUGCUGAUUUUAUCAACUCCCACAUAUUGUUAACUACUGAGAACUCUUAUAUAAACACGACUUUACGAGACGAUCAUUACGAAACUUUAGAUGGUAAGACUGUAGUUAUUCAAUGGAAAAAUAAUGUCAUUCACACUUUGAAUGGAUUCUCUCUCAGGCGAAGACUUAAAAUUUUGGAUACGAAAAUAUUACCCAAUUUCAAUGACUACUUUGAAGGGGCUGAAUAUUUCGCUAUAUUAUAUAUAGAUCAGCCUCUAGGUUGCGAAUUUGUUCCUAACGACUACUUGCACUGUUUCAAUAGUUAUGAGGAAAGUCCAAAACUUGCACGCAAUGCACCCAACUUGCUAAUGGAUACUUCCCAACUAGAAAGAUCAUCAUUUGAGAAUAUAUUACAUAUUCAUCCGGCUUGGUUAACACAACUGGGUCAAUUGUUUUCCAAUUACAGAAGAGUUGCUCCUAAUGACGAUCCUUCGAAGAAAAUGUUUGAAGAACUUGUAGAACAAGCAUUUGAUGGAAUGAAAUCUGACUCACUUUUCAAAAACUUUUCUAACCUUUAUGAUCUCAUACACGACUAUUUUGAGCUGAAUCUUUAUGAAGACAUUUGGUCCAGACUUACAAUACAUUUCAAAGGCUAUGAAGUAGAUACUGAUAACUGCGAAUAUUUUUCAGUAAACCAGCUAUUAACAGAUUUUUACUCAAAAGACUUUGACAGCUUUAAGCUAAGUGACAUCACUUUUAUUGAAAGGCACGUUAGUGCAGCGUCCAAGAAUUUUCAAAAAUUGACUUUAAGCCAUUCCUACGCAGAAAAAUCUAAGAUAUUAGUUGAGACUUUACAACAACUAUCAGGAACCAGUGACAUAAGCUCCCAACAAUCGGAUCUGUCAAAUGGUUUCAAUAAUCUGACAAUGGAUGCGGACACCCUAAUAAGCCUUUUCGUACUUGUUGUUUGCAGAAGCGAACAAAAGCACUUAAGAAGCCAUCUUUACUACCUACAAAAUUUUUCGAAUAACUCCUCCUCAUCAAAAUUCGGAAUUUUGGGGUAUGCUAUCUCUACACUAGAGGCUGUGGUUUGCUAUUUUGAAAACUUCAACAAAAAUACUAAUAACGUGGCAAAGGCCAAUUUAUUGUGCAAAAAAACCAGAGACCUAUUAGACAAAUUGUCAUGUGAAAACCCCACAAACGAAGUAAAUGAUCUAGCAUCAUACAAGGAUAUCUUGGCAUACAGGAAUGAGCAAGGACAAUCCAUCUUAUCUAUAUGUAUAACCAAUAAGAAAAACGACAUUUUAUUAGAUGUCCUUUCUGAAUAUGAAACACUUUUUCCAAUAGAGGACAUUUUGGAAGAUGAAACUAUUGACGGUUCCACGCUACUCAUAGACUCAAUCAAAGCAGGGAAUAUCGAGGCUACAAAAAUUCUUAUCAGGAUUUUGCUGUUUAAUUGCACUGAUGAAGAAUUGGUUACGUAUAUUAACAAAACGGAUAAAUAUGCGCGUUGUGUAGCACAUUACCUAACUCAUGAAAUGGAUAUACUCAAAAGCAUUGGAAGCUAUAUAAAUUGGAAGCAAAAAAACUCCAGUGGGCAAACACCUUUAUUUUCUAUAUUUAGAAGUUACGAUCAACCAAAUUAUGAAGAAAUGGUGAAGGUGGCCUUCAAUAUUGCAAAUUCUUGGUAUCAAAACCACAACAGUUCAUUUGGUUAUUCAGAUCAUACAGACAACAAAGGCAAUAGCUUACUACAUGUUUUGAAGACAGACGUGUCAAUUCUUUUGCAACUAGCUAAGUUGAAUAUCAACGGAGAAAACUACAAGGGUUUAACUCCAUUGAUGGUAUACGUCAAGUACAAAAGGAUAAGCAAUAUUGACGCUAUUACAAAAGAUCAUAGAUUAAUACUAGAGAAGGUUCAAAACUCCACUUUCUUUACUUGUUUUGAUUAUGCAAAGGAUCGUUUGGUACUGAGCAAGAUAGGAGAAAGAGGAGCAAAUGAUUCAAUUUUCGGAUUGAUUUAUCUUCAUACUCUUCGGUAUCAUAAUUUAAAUGCUACAGUGAAUGUGACAUCUGUUUCAAAUACAGAGGAGCCUUUCGUAACAACUGUUAUCAAUAUGAAAACAAUUCAAGGUUUGCUACGUUCAAUCUUGAAGGACAAUCCAUUUACGUUUUUACCAAUAGAUAAUUAUAUCGAUGGAAUUUCGCAUUUAAACCGAUCUGAUAUGACAAUAAUAGGGAAAGCAGAUGUCAGAUCCCUACUGCACAAAUUAACUAACUGCUUCAACGUGCUUCUCUUCUUAAAGAAAGUUCCAGAAAAUUUAUUCACCGACGAAGCCUCUGUUUUGUACUGGAUGCGUAUAAACACUUCCAGAAGAAAUCAGAAAUCGCCCAGUAAAGAAAAUCCCAAAACAAUGGAACCAGAGGAAAUUAAUAUGAUACAGAGCUUUUUACGUUUCAAUUUUGAUGAAAUAUUGUCAUUCAAAGCGAGCCUGAAUAUUUUGAGAAAGAUCUUAAUAUUCCUUAGCUUAAAAUCUAGUGACUUUGAAGACGCUUAUGCCAGCCUUCUGAAAAUGGGUAGGAAGGUCACCAAUGCCAAAGCUGCCGAUGCUUUUACAACGAGCAUAACAAAUAAUAAAAUGUUUAGCGAUUUGUCGCUAGAUGAAUUGCUGGAGCAUGUGCGAUUUUUGGAAGAAUGUACCGUUCAGCUAUUCAAAUCCAUCCAGACAAUACUGUUUGAUAGAAUCCCAAACUGGUGGAAACAUUACGGUGAACUCUUGAGUUUGCACAAAAACUACCGGAAGGCAUUUCCUAGUACAGUUAAACCAAAAAGUACGGCUGGUACCGCUAGUCAUAUUCCACUUGGCGGUUUUAUUGAAACCAAACGCGAACAGUCAGAGCAGCGGCUGUCUGUUCAAAUCAAGGCUUCUUCAAAAAUCCUCAAAGAACUUGGAAGUGAGAUAUUUUCUGCUCAUGAAAAGUUGGCUGAAGAGUUAAGCAAUUACAUGGAAUUCAGGAAAGCAUGUCUGGAUCAACGUACUAUUGUAGCAUUUGCUAUAAAAAACAUCAGCGUUCUCCAAGAAUGUAUAUAA